UGCUUGAUUCCAAAAACAAUGCCAUCAAAGACCUGCAGUAUGAGCUUACCAGAGUGUGCAAGGCACACAAUGACUUGCUGCGCACAUACGAGGCCAAACUGUCCGCCUUUAGGAUCCCCUUGGACAAUCUGGGCUUCAAGCCGCUGGAGACCUCCGUCCUCGGCCAGACUCUGGGCCAAGGCCCCACGGGAUUUGUCUCCACCCCUACGUAGCAGAACCUCCAGGCCCAGUCCUUGUGAACAGUGGCGGCCUGAGAGUCUGGUGUGGAAAAGGCCUGCCUGGUGCCCUUACUGGGUGUCUGGGAAAAGGAGGAAGAAGAGGAAGGACUGGAUGCAGCAGCACCUGGGAGAGACAUCAGGGCAGGACCCACAGCCUUCCUGUGCAUUAAACGGGCUCCAGUGUGUGAGAGGCUUUUCAUAUCUGGUCUCAGCAGGCCUCCUCCCAUUUUUCAAGAUAAGAUUUGGGGGAACCUGUGGAUCUCUCCUUUCCUUCAAGAACCCCUUAUCAAGAGCAGCAGCUACACAAACACCGAUGUACUCCUCUGCUGGAGCCCCACAAGUGCCAUACCCAUCGAACGAGGGGCUAAGGCUUUCCCCAGACACUCAUUUCAUUAAAAGAAGGCUUUUAUAAAAGGUUUGCAUGGAGCAGUCUUUACAUUCACUCACAACAACAUUGCACAGUUAGCUGUUUAUUUUGUCUCAUGUUUA